CAGCUUAAAAAUAUUGACUUUAAAUUCAUUUAAGCUUUCAUCAAUUAAUAGUGUAUUGUAAAAUUUACCAAUAAUAUUACGUAUCGCUAUAAACAGUGACUUGCGGAUUAUACGAAUUUUGAGUUUCGAGCAAUUAUGAGCGAACAAAUAAAAAUUGAAGAUUUUAAGCUUUCAACUGAACUUAUUGGACAUUCAUUAGAUGUUCGUUCAGUAGCAACAUCAAAUGGUUGCAUUAUAUCAGGAUCUCGUGAUAAAACUGCCAAGAUAUGGGAUAGAAAUGAAGACGGAAAAACUUACAAAGAAGCAGAAGUUCUCCGGAAUCACAGUAACUUCGUGUCAGCAGUUUUUGUUUUUAAUAAUGGCAAAUGGAUUGCAACAGCAUCGAAUGAUAAAACUAUUUGUUUAUACAAUUUUGGAUUAGCUCAACCUUUCGCAACUUUAACAGAUCACACAGAAACUGUUUGUGCACUUGCACAAGGUUUAUCACCUGCGAUACUCGUCAGUGGAAGCUGGGACAAGACUGCUCGUAUAUGGACGAAACUCGAUGUUGAUGCAUCGUCAAUUGAACUGAAAGGACAUGACGCUGCUGUAUGGGCUGUGAUUGCAUUAAAGAAUGGCAAAUACGCCACUGGAUCAGCAGACAAGAAUAUUUACGUGUGGAAUGAAAAAGGAGAGAGACUCGUUGUAUUGAAAGGUCAUACUGAUUGCAUUCGAGGAUUGGCGAGUUUCCCAAAUGGAUCACUUUUAAGUGCCUCAAAUGACGCAACCAUUCGAUUAUGGAACGACACUUAUGACUGUGUGAAGGAAUUUCAUGGACACUCCAAUUACAUUUACGCAAUCGCAUUAAAUCCUAUUUUAGGCGAUGACGUGUUUGUGACUGGAAGUGAAGACAACACAAUUCGAUUAUGGUCUGCUUCUAAAGGUGCUCUUGGAGAUGCUUUAACGCUUCCGGUUCAAUCGAUUUGGAGUGUCGCUUGUACUGAAAAUGGCGACAUUGUUAGUGGUGCAAGUGACGGUGUUGUUCGUGUCUUUUCAAAAGACAAAAAUCGCAUAGCAAAUGAAGAAGUUUUGUCUGCUUUCACUUUAGCUGUUGAAACAAGAAAAGCUGAACAAUCAGCAGAACUUGGUGGUGUUAAAGUUAAUGAUUUACCUGGUCCCGAAUCGUUAUUACAAGAAGGCACUGAAGGUCAAACACGCUUAGUUCGCCAACCCAAUGGUAAAAUUCUUUGCUAUCAAUGGACGAAAGGAAAUUGGGAAUGCGUUGGUGAUGUGAUGGGAGCAACUGGUGGAACAAAAGAAACAUCUGGAAAGUCUUUGCAUGAAGGAAAAGAAUAUGAUUUUGUGUUUAAUGUUGAUAUCGAAGAUGGUGUGCCACCUUUGAAACUUCCUUUUAAUCGCACAGAAGAUCCUUGGUUUGCUGCUCAAAAGUUCAUUCAUGCAAACGAUUUACCGCAAGCUUAUCUCGAACAAGUUGCAAACUUCAUAAUAAAAAAUGCGAAUUUAGAGUCAUUGCCACCAGUUGGAGCUGACGAUGAUUUCUUCGAUCCUUUCACAGGUGAAGGUCGUUAUGUACCUUCAAGCAAUGGUAAUGAAGUUCCUGCUUCGUCUUCAGUCGGAGUUAAUUUUCGUGAACGAUCAAAUAAUGCAGGAAUUAUAAAUGUUGAUCCAUUCACUGGUGGUGAUAGCUACUCAUCAGGUAAAAAGGAAUUUAUUAUUAAAAAGCACAUCCCGAGUACAACUUUGGUGACUUUCGAUGCUUAUGAUGCGACGAAGAUUUUAGCAAAGUUGAAAGAGUUCAAUAAUCAAGUGAAUGAUGAUUUGAAGCAGUCUGAAGAUGCUUUGGCGUCAGUGACAGCUUUAAUUGAUUCGAAAAACGUGAACAAAUCAGCAAUUGAUCAUCUUGAACAAAUGUUGUGCUGGCCAUCAGAGAAACUCUUUCCUGUUCUCGAUGUUGUUCGAUUAAUUGUUCGAAAUCAACAAAUUUGCUCGUCACUGUCAUUGAAAUUUAUUGAAUCAAUCAUGAAAAAUCUUACAACGACACCACCGAAUCAAUUGAUGUCGAUUCGUGCUUUAUGUAACAUCAUCGUUCACGAUUGGGGACGGGGGAUUGUUGAAGGUAACGUAAUUCAAAUUACUGAUCAAAUUUUGAAAAUGACACAAGGAAAUGGAAAUCUGCAAAUCGCUAUUGGAACGUUUUUCCUGAAUCAAUCGAUUCUUCAAAAGGAUUCGCCAUCUGAUGAAAUAACCACAACACUUUCCAUUGGCAUUGUGAAGUUCCUGGAAUGGGCAAGUGAUCCUGAAGCGACAUUCAGAGUUUAUCAAGCUUUAGGCAACUUAAUAACUUUCAACUCAUCAUCUGUCCUCUCAAUUAUCAAAUCAGUUGAUCGAUUUAAAUCUGAUGUUGAAAGAAAUCUUCAAGCACAACUCUCAAAACUUGCUGAAAUUUCCUUGGAGUUGACUGAAAAAUUAAUGUAAUUAACAAGCUUUUUGAGUGGGAUUUUUUAAUCUAAAUUUUAAAUGUUGGAAAUGAUCGCCAACAUCCUAAACAAAAAAAUAAAAAUUAAAAAUUUUUCAAUCUAAA